CCCGCCUCACCGCUACCGGACGGCUCCGCUCGCCCUCCCGCCGCCGCGCAGAGGAUGUCCAGAGGAGACAUGGCCAAACCCCUCCUGGGCCAUCGGAGCAUGGAGGGUGACCCCAGCAUCACGCCUGCGGCCAGCCGCACCAUCGGGGUGCUGGGGAGCGGGGACUUCGCGCGGUCGUUGGCCAUCCGCCUGGUGUGCUCCGGGUUCAAGGUGGUGGUCGGCAGCCGCAACCCGAAGCGAAAAGCCGGCCUCUUCCCUUCCGCAGCAGAAGUCACCUUCCAGGCUGAGGCAGUGAAGAAGACAGAUGUCAUCUUUGUGGCGGUUUUCAGGGAACAUUACUCCACCCUCUGUGACCUGGCUGACGUGCUGGUGGGCAAGAUCCUGGUGGAUGUUAGUAACAACACCAAGAUCAACCAUCACAAAGAAUCCAACGCCGAGUACUUGGCUUCCCUCUUCCCAGCCUGCACCGUGGUCAAGGGUUUUAACGUGGUUUCUGCGUGGACGCUGCAGUCAGGUGCCAGGGAUGGAAAUAAGCAGGUUCUGAUUUGCUCAAAUAACCAAGAAGCCAAGCGCACAGUAGCAGAAAUUGCUCAAGUCAUGGGAUUCACCCCUGUGGACAUGGGCUGCAUGUCGUCAGCCCGUGAGAUCGAGAACAUUCCCCUGCACCUCUUGCCAGCCUGGAAAAUCCCCAUCUUUUUGGCUCUGGGGCUCUUUCUUUGCUUCUUCACUUACAACCUGAUCCGGCAGGUCAUCCACCCUUACAUCAGGGAGCAGAAGAACAAGUUGUACAAGAUCCCCAUCGAGGUGGUCAACACGACGCUGCCUUGCGUGGCCUACGUCAUGCUGUCUCUCGUCUACCUGCCCGGGGUGCUGGCAGCCUGCUCGCAGCUCUACUAUGGCACCAAAUACAGGCGCUUUCCAGAUUGGCUCGACCAGUGGCUCCAGCACCGAAAGCAGAUUGGUCUCCUCAGCUUCUUCUGCGCGGCUUUGCACGCCAUGUACAGCCUCUGUCUGCCCAUGCGCCGCUCCCACCGCUACCAGUUAAUCGAGACGGCCGUCAAGCAGGCUGUGGAGAAGAAGAUGAAUAUCUGGGUAGAGGAGGAAGUCUGGAGGAUGGAGAUUUAUAUCUCUGUUGGAAUAAUUGCCCUGGGCUUGCUGUCGUUACUUGCCAUCACUUCACUUCCAUCCAUCGCAAACUCUCUCAACUGGAGGGAAUUCAGUUUCAUUCAGUACCAGCAGCAGUUGAAAGAGAAACUGUAGAGGAACAAACUAAUUAUCUCCAGCUCCGACAUCUCCGCCAUGCAUACAGCCCUGCUGGGGCUGACUCCGAAAGCACCCUCCGCCCAGGGCAGAAAGUAUCUGCUGCCCUUGGACUUCACUCUGUCCCCUUUUCCCCCUGCCCCGCUUUACAUCUCUGCUCUGCCCAAUGAGUCUCAAGCUGGUACGUCCAACCUUUUGCCACCCAGGGAUUUUUUUGGCCGUUGGAGAGAAGCUCAAGAGUCGAUAAAUAAUAGGUGAGCUAUGGGUCAGGUCCCGCUGUUAGGUUCAACUGUGAUCACGGCAUAGUGCAGCAAACUCCUUAAUUUUCCAAGUGAAACCAAUCUUGACCCUGUUCGGGUUUGCUGCUUGUUACCACUUCGGUUUAGGAAUCGGACAUGACUUCUGGUAAGGACGGCUGUCCCUGGAAGAAAGGACGGGUGCGGGGAUGCAUGCAGGACUGAGGUUCAUUUCACAGGUCUGCUCCUGACUCGUGGCACAGCCUUGCUCAGCUGUAACACAGAGAAGAGUUCCCUACCUUGGCAGGGGGUCAUACGGGUGAAAUCUUGGCAGGACUUGGUGACAUCCACAUGACUUGCCUGAUAGGUGCUGUAAAAGUGAAGUACCUAGAUCUGGUAGCAUGUUUUAGAGCUCUCCUUCCCUUCCCUGCCCAGUCCUCUCAGCUGCCUAAAUGAUUAGCUCUGAAAGUUAGAGGAGUCUUGGUCUAGUUUGUUGGUAACAAUAUGGUACAUUUCUUAAAGUUGUCUGGGUUUUUAAAUAGUUUCCCAGGAAUCAAAAAUAGGAAGGGAUGCUUUGAAUUGAGUAGUUUUCCAGCUGAGAUUAUUUUUUCCAAGAGACAAUGUCACUGACUUCCUCCUGUCUUGCCCUGGUCCCUUAUUUCCCUGCUGUGUCCUCUUCUCUGGGCAUAC